AUGAUCACUGACAUAAUAGUUUUAUUCUUGUUCAAGUAAGUAUAUUUGUCAGUGUUAUCAUAUAUAUUGUAAACUUAAUUUCUGUUGCUUGCAAUGUAUAAAUAAACAUGUUUAUUUAUGUUAAUUUUGUGUUUUGUUUCAGGCAGCUACCUCAGUGUAUGUAUCCCAUUGUGAGUACCUGAUUCUACACCAUUUUAAGUAGGGAACAAGAUGUUGGACAAACUUCCUCAAGGUACAAAAACUUUGAACUGUAUUGAAUUUCAUGGUUCAAGAAAUUCAGCCUUUUUAUACACAAAUAUACUACUACCAUAAUGGCACAUAAUAUUCAUUUUUUCAUAUUUUUGUCUAUUUCUAAUUUUUGUUAGAAUGGUCCUAUUAACAUCUGCAGAGAAGUUUUUUAAAGGAAACCUGCUGAACAGUGACUAUGUGUUCAUUCCAAUCAACAGAAGGUGACAGAAGCUACCUAGCUAUCAUCACUGUUUUAUAGAUAGGUGUUAUAAAAUAUGAAAUGGUUUACUACCUCCACCUUAAAAAAAACAACAUGUAAGAUUAUUUUAAUGAGAAUCAAAUUUAUUUAUUUUUUCAGUUUACAUUGGUUCUUGGUUGUCUUAACCCCAUGGUAAGCAUAUGGUUAGCACAAGAAUGCAAAUUAGUAAGAUUUCUUUUCCUGGAAGCAGUAAGAUUCCUUUUCAUGGAAGGUAUAAUAACCACUGUGACAGUGUUAUUGUCCUUUUGCCCAAAUUUAUAACUGUUUAAUUAACAUUCCUUUUCUAGGCACUUUCUGAUAAUGGACUCACUGACGUGGGAUAUUAGCAUUAGGCAAGAGGAAGUACAUAAUAUCAACAGGUAUAAAUCUUCUUAAAUGAAAAUCUUAAAUAUGGUCAUUUUUACAUCUCCUUCCUUUGAUCAAAUAGAGUAAUACUUUUUGUGCUACAUGUUAACAUUUUUUUAAAAUUAUUAAUCAGCUUCUUGGAUCAUCUGUGUGCAACUAAUGGUAUAUCCACAAAAACAAGGCAGCGAACAAAUCAUGUGCUUAAGGUAACCUAUUUGACAAUGUGUUUACAAUACAGAAUCCUGUAUAUAAACUAUUGCAACAACAUAAUGUCAAGUCUGAAUUGAACAAUGCAAACUGACACCACUGAUUACAGAACAACUAGGAAUAUUUCACUGAUCAAAUGGCUCUCACUUUCGGGUACCACAACAAUUGCCAGGGAGCAACAACUGUGGAUUUCACCUGUUCAUGUUUGUUGACCAUUUCUUAAAGGUAUAUCAUUGCAUGUUAUAAUGUUAAUGCAAUAUGAUCAUAUUUACCAUAGACCAUGGCAAAUCACAUGAAAAUGGAUCAAAAUCCUGGCUGUUUUAAAAUGUUGAGUUUCUUGGAAUUUAACAGAAGUUAAAUGACAUUCAUGUCAAUAUAUUAUCCCAUACGAUAUUGAGGAGUAUGAAAGUGACCCCAGUGGGUAUGUCAGUGCAGAACACCUGUGGUUUUCUCCACAAGAUGUGGAAAGCAAGAGAACAUUAACAAGGAACUAUUUAGAGGCUUUAUUUGUAAAGGAAUAA